AUGUCAGGACCGUCAGGUAAACUCGGCGGUCUUUCCACCAGCGUCGUCGCCAUCAUCGCUGUCGGUGGUGUAGCAGGCCUGCUAGCCCUCAUCGUCGUUACGUCUCUCAUCUUGGACAUACCAAAGCGUAUGAAGCAAAAGAAGAACACUGGCCUCAUGGCACCGGAAGAAAUGGAGAAGAAGAGUGUAGAGAUUGACGACGCGGAAAAGGGUGCUAUCAAGCAAGCGACAAGAGAGAUAUCGGUUCAAUCUCCGAGCUUGAUCGGGUCAGAGGACAUUUUACAUUCCAAGGUUACCUUCGGUGUUAAGACCUGA